AUGCAACACAAGGUCGAGCCUCAAGCGUGGCCGGUAGUGGAAAAGGAGGCAUUUGUGCGUCGAAUGUUGAGCAGAUUGGCUAGAGGCGAGGGAACGAGGUUCCGUCUCUACGGGUCCGUUCCUUUGAUCGAAGCCUGUCGUUACAAUUGUGUUGUCCAACCUGCCUUCCGAAUCGCCCGUUUCAUCCACAAAUCGAGUCGCGCAAACAUGAGAGCUACUCUCGCUAUCCUCGGCCUGAUCGGUGCCACGAGCGCUACUCCUUUGAGAAAGCGUCAAUCUCUCAAGGACUUCAACGAUUUCGAUGUUCUGAACUACGCUCUCACCUUGGAGCACCUCGAAGACAAAUUCUACCGCGAAGGAUUGGCGAACUUCACCGAAGCUCAGUUCGCUGCAGCCGGCUACGACCGCACUUUCUACUCCAACCUCGUCGAAGUCAGCGCAGACGAAACUGCUCACGUCAAACUCCUCAGUGACGCCAUCACCGCAGCUGGAGGCACGCCCGUGAAGGAGUGCACCUACGCUUUUGGAGUUACCUCCCCUGCCGGGUUCGUCGGGCUCGCCAGCGUCCUCGAAGGAGUCGGCGCCUCAGCCUACACUGGUGCGGCCUCUCAAAUCGCCAACAAAGAUUACCUCACCGUCGCCGCCAGCAUUCUAUCCAUCGAGGCCCGUCACAGCUCCUACAUCCGCUCUUCGCUCGCACAAGUACCAUUCCCACAGUCACUCGAGAACCCACUGACUCCAAACGAAGUCUUCACCCUUGCAUCUCCUUUCAUCGUCUCUUGCCCAUCGACCAACGGAGCUCUGCCAAUCAGGGCUUACCCUGCCCUGGCUCUCACUACGACUGGCACGAUCAGUACCGGACAAACAGUCUCCAUCUCGAGCAGCCCGAACGUUUUGGCUCCAGCUAAUGAUAAGGCACACAUCUAUGCUGCUUUCAUCACCGCUGGUGGACCUGUGUUCGCUAACAUGACGGCUGCGGGAAAUGGGUAUGAGUUUGGAGUCACGAUCCCAGAAGGUGUUUAUGGUCAAAGCUAUCUUAUUUUCAACAACUGCAACGAUACCGUUACCGAUACGACGAUCAUUGCUGGUCCAGCUUUGCUUGAGAUCGCUUCACCUUCUUCGACUUGA